AUGAAAAAUGAAUUGUAAGCGAUGCCAGAAAUCAAUGAGAGAUUGGAAGAAUUGAUACGUAGUACUCAUCCUCCAAAAAUCUAAAAUGUUGUAUCUACUGUCGAUCUGGGAACAGAAUUAAACUUAGUAGUCAUUUCUAAUGGGGCAAGAAUGGCCGAAUACAGUACUCUUUGUAAUUAAUGUAGAUCCCAAGCGAUUUUCAGCUGUGAUUAUGCGAUUAAGUAAUCCAAGUACAACUGCUCUAAUAUUUUAAUCUGGAAAAAUGGUUUGCACAGGAGCAAAAUCAGAAGAUUAAUCUUUGAUUGCGGCUAGAAAAUAUGCAAAGAUUAUUAACAAAUUAGGUUUCCCUGUUGUGUUCAAAAACUUUACAAUACAGAACAUUGUUGCAAGCUUCGAUUUCAGAAAGCCAAUCAAAUUAGAUGAAUUUACUAAAGAUUAAUAGUAUCGAUCAGUCGUCUAAUAUGAACCUGAAAUCUUCCCUGGAUUAAUAUUUAGGAAAAUUACAGACCAAAAGAAAAUAACUUUACUAAUUUUUGUUAGUGGUAGAUGUGUAAUCACAGGAGGAAAAAAGACAGAAGAUUUAAAUAAUGUUUUUAAGUUUAUAUUGCCAAUUUUGGAUUAAUUUAAAAAAAGAGAUCUAGAAUAUUGA